GCCCUAGGCUUGAUUCGUCUAGGCAAAUAAGCAACUUGCAUAUUCCCAAGCUUUGAGAUCGAACUCUACCGCGGAAUCACGAAGAACCUACCGCGGCCGAUUUGGUCCGAAGGGAUAUAGCAUGGAUUUGGUAUGUGUGAAGUGUCGGGAUUGAUGGGGUUGACUUGACAUAACAUGGCUCAUAUCCACUGCGUAAAUCCGGUUGUUAAGUCCAGACCCAGCAUAGAAGGGUGUAUAAGGUCUUAGCAUGAAAGGGUAUAUAAGCAGUCUGGUACCCAGCAUACCCUCUCAGCAACAAUUGAAACCAGAACCAGACCAGAACCAGGCCAGAACUAGAAUCAAUCAACAAAAAUGAGCGAAAUCUUUUCCCCAGCCCCCGAACCUCCCACUGAGCUGGGCCGCCUGCGCGUCCUCUCGUCCACGGCGAGCGUCCACGUCUCACCACUCGCUCUCGGCGGGAUGUCGAUUGGCGAGGAAUGGUCCGGAUUCAUGGGCUCGAUGAACAAAGAGUCGUCCUUCGCGCUCCUCGACGCCUUCUUCGCCGCCGGUGGGAACUUCAUCGACACGUCGAACAACUACCAGAACGGAGAAUCCGAGGCCUGGAUCGGCGAGUGGAUGGCCGCCCGCAAGAACCGCGACCAAAUGGUCAUUGCAACCAAAUACUCCACCGACUACCAGGGCUACCGCCUGGGUAAAGGCCACGCCACAAACCACACGGGCAACAGCCGCAAAUCCUUACACAUGAGCGUGCGCGACAGUCUCGCCAAGCUGCAGACUGACUACAUCGACAUUCUGUACCUGCACUGGUGGGACCAUAUCACGUCUAUCGAGGAGGUGAUGGACUCCCUGCAUGUGCUUGUCGAGCAGGGCAAGGUGCUCUAUCUCGGCAUCUCGGACUCACCCGCCUGGGUGGUCUCGGCGGCCAACUACUACGCACGCGCGCACGGCAGGACGCCGUUUUCUGUGUAUCAGGGCCGGUGGAACCUGAUGCUGCGCGACUUCGAGAGGGAUAUCAUCCCCAUGGUGCGGCAUUUCGGCAUGGCGUUGUGUCCGUGGGAUGUGCUGGGUGGCGGGAAGUUCCAGUCGAAGAAGGCCUUGGCGGAGCGCAAGGCGGGUGGGGAGAAGCUGCGGAGUAUGUUGGGCGAUGGCAAGCAGACGGAGGCGGAGGAGAGGAUUUCAGAGGCAUUGGCGAGUGUCGCGGAGGAGCAUGGGACGGACUCGGUGCAGGCGAUUGCGUUGGCGUAUGUGCGGUCGAAGGCGCCGAGGGUGUUUCCGCUGGUGGGCGGGCGCAAGGUCGAGCAUUUGAAGAGUAAUAUUGAUGCGUUGAGUAUCAAGCUCACACAAAAGCAGAUUGAGUAUUUGGAGAGUGUUUCGCCGUUUGCGCCUGGCUUUCCGAAUAAUUUUCUGGGCCAGGAUCCCAGGGUGAGUGGUGUGGCGGGUGGGAUGUUGGCGGCUGCCGUCAAGUUAGGGUUUGAGGAGUCUGAUUAUCAGUAUGCUUGACCACACACUUGUAUGACAAAAGUGUUGAAUAUAGUAUCUCCAUUCUCUUCUUUUCAUCUGCAUUUACGCCAAUUUAUAUCGGUGUACAUAUGGUACAUAUGUAUAAGAGAGGUUGAAGUAUGUAAGAAAGUAGUAUACACUACCUAAUCUAUCUAUGUCAGACUAAACGAAAAGAAGACGAAAGCUAAACGAAAAACUUG